CCUCCAAUUUGAAAUGCACAUUUCUUCUGCUACUAUAAAUGCACACACUACUCAAAAAUAAUCUCUACUUCACAAUCUUCCAUUAAUUGUUUACACUAUUUUUCUUCGUCAUGGCAAAGAUCAAGAUCGGAAUCAACGGAUUCGGAAGGAUUGGGCGUUUGGUCGCCAGAGUUGCCCUACUCAGUGAUGAUGUCGAGCUUGUCGCUGUUAAUGAUCCAUUCAUCACCACCGAUUACAUGACCUAUAUGUUCAAAUACGACAGUGUUCAUGGUCCAUGGAAGAAGCAUGAGCUGAAGGUUAAGGAUUCCACUACCUUGCUCUUUGGUGAUAGGCCGGUGACUGUAUUUGGCAUGAGGAACCCCGAGGAAAUCCCAUGGGGCCAGGCCGGAGCUGAUUAUGUGGUCGAGUCCACUGGAGUUUUCACUGACACAAACAAGGCAUCAGCCCACCUCAAGGGAGGUGCGAAAAAGGUUAUAAUUUCUGCCCCGAGCGCGGAUGCGCCCAUGUUUGUUGUUGGUGUCAAUGAGAAGGAUUAUAAGAACGACAUCAAUAUUGUUUCGAAUGCUAGUUGCACUACUAAUUGUCUAGCCCCAUUGGCCAAGGUCAUUAAUGACAAGUUUGGUAUUGUUGAGGGGCUGAUGACCACUGUGCACUCCAUCACUGCUACACAGAAGACUGUUGAUGGUCCUUCGAUGAAAGACUGGAGAGGUGGACGAGCUGCUUCGUUUAACAUCAUUCCCAGUAGCACUGGAGCUGCUAAGGCUGUUGGGAAAGUGCUUCCUGCACUAAAUGGAAAGCUUACUGGAAUGGCUUUCCGUGUUCCAACCGUUGAUGUCUCAGUCGUUGAUCUGACUGCUAGGCUUGAAAAGGCAGCCUCAUAUGAUGAGAUCAAGGCUGCUAUCAAGCAAGAAUCAGAGGGUAAAAUGAAGGGGAUCCUCGGGUACACAGAAGACGAUGUGGUCUCAACCGACUUCAUUGGUGACAGCAGGUCUAGCAUCUUCGAUGCCAAGGCUGGAAUCGCACUGAAUGGGAACUUCGUUAAGGUUGUGUCUUGGUACGACAAUGAAUGGGGAUACAGCAACCGUGUCGUGGACUUGAUCCGACACAUGUCGUCUGUGGCUUGAGCUGUUGAGGGCUUGCAAUUUCCUCAUCAUGAUAAUAUCAGUUUCAAAUUUUAGUUAGACAGUCGGGAAUAAUUUAGAUGUUGAACUGUUGAAGAACUCUUCUCUUUGAUUAGUUUAGAUUUCAUUGUGAUCAUUGUUGGAAUUGGUGUUGCAAAAUUUUGUUGCAGUGAAGGAAUCAUUUUUCCUACU